AUGAAUAAAGUUUCAUUUGAUAAUUCAGAUUCAAGCCCUGAAACAAAUGCGUCAUCUCAAUACAAUGUCCCGUGUAUGCCCCACAUGGAUGCUACUGAAGAAUCAUCGAUAAAAUCAGUCGAGCCUUAUAAAACCUUUUUGGCUGGGGAAAUUUUAUUUUGAAUUUUUGUAAUUCUGUCGGGAGGACUUUACUAUUUGAUAGACUACUGAUUCCUUUGCCUUCUGUCUAAGUUAAAUUUGCGACUUAUAUUAAAGGCUGCCACACUUUGACUGGAGAAAAUGACUUAAAUGACUUGAGGUAAUUAUAGUAUAGGCUACCUGGUAGUGGACGUUAAAUAAAAUAAAUACCUAAGAUAAACUAAUUUCCUCUGCCUUCAUUUAUUCCUGCGCUACAAAAGAGUCCCUACAUCAGAAGCCACAAUGCUCGUAAUCAAAACUAUGUAUUUUGUUGACUUGAUCCCGACAAGACAAAUCUCCUCAAAAGGACUCGGAACCGUUUUAUCAUUUACCCAUCACAAUUUACGUUAUUAUUAUGAUGGAAAAUGUGUCCAGCCUCUUUAUUUCAACUCCACUAUCACUUAUAGCGAAAUUAUUGACAAUUUAAUCGGCGGUUACAAUUAUGAUGAAGAGGUUACAGAAAAGCGGAACUUGUUUGGUAAAUGCGAAAUUUUAAUCCUUAAACUUAAACUUAAACUUAAACUUAUAGGUAGGCGUCUGCCAUAUUGGUUACGCAGUCACCAAGGACUCUCCCGUACGGGCAGUUCAUCCGCUUUGCGCCGUCUUCAGCUUCGCCUUGCUCGAAUUGGGGCAAUGAUUCGCUGGGCAAGUGUUCAGCUCUGACACUACCUUUCUUCUCCUUCAGCGCCUGAUGCCAUGGCACUUUCUGAAGUGAGACUCUGCUUGGACGUCUCCUCCUCCCUUUCGGUCCAGUGUUGAGUGGGCGGACUAUGGACUUCUGCGGCUGCUGCAUGUGUAACAAGGUUGGCCAUUCAAAAAUCCCAAAAAAUGGAAUUUCUGUUCGACCUUUCGGAAAAGGAAAAUCUGAAUCCCGGGACGUAACGCCCGGUUUCACGCUAGGCAGUUGCCCGAAUGGUCUGGGGAUUACCUGCAGACUUUGCUGGGCUUGCCCUUUCCAAAUCCAAAUCCUCCUUUCCCUUGAGGUAAAACCCAAUCUUGAAAUUUAGACUAAGGGCUAGGCUCUGUGCAUUACCAGAAUUGCUUACCUAGCAUUGCCGUCCAUUUCUGGAUUGGUAAAACCUUGCCGGGCGAAAUUUUAAUCCAAUUGCAAUCAUUUUUGUCUCUUACUUUUGAAGAAAUAAAGCACCCAUUCUACCUUUUCCAGCUUUUCAGUGUUAUAUUAUGGUUCUUAGAACUGUACUACGUCUACGCAGUCUGUGUAUUCGUUAUAACGCUUAUCUCAUUGCUUUCUUCAACUUAUCAGUCCUGAAAAAGCAUGCAUGAUCUCCACGAUUUAGCUUUGAGAUACGUCACCAUUAAGGUAAAAAGAGGUGGAGAAUGGACGACCAUAAAUAGUGAAGAACUUGUACCUGGUGAUUUAAUAGAAAUUCCAAGGGGCACAGAAAUGCCUUGUGACGCAAUUUUAAUAUCAGGAGGAGCUGUAGUUGAAGAAUCAUCACUGACUGGAGAAUCAGUCCCAGUCAUAAAGGACGCUUUGCCUUAUCUUAAUGACAAAGUUUACAGCGUAGAAAUAGACAGACAUUUCAGCUUAUACGAAGGCACCAAAGUUCUCCAAACUAGAAACCAUGGUGAAAAGCAGGUCAUAGGACUUGUAGUAAGGACUGGGUUUUCUACAAUGAAAGGCAAAAUGGUCAGGUCAAUUUUAUUCCCAAAGCCAAACAAGUUUAAAUUCACCAGAGACUCGCUACGAUUUAUAGGCUGUCUAGCCCUUGUAGCGCUAUCUGGGUUUGCAGUAAGCAUUUAUUUAUUUAUUUCUACAGACGUAGCAACUGACGAAGCUGUCAUUGGAGCUCUCGAUUUAAUUACAAUUGCGAUCCCUCCAGCACUUCCUGCAUGUAUGAAUAUAGGAACUGGCUUUGCUUUGCAUAGGCUCAAAAAGCAAGGGAUUUUUUGUAUUUCGUAUCCUAGGAUAAAUGCAGCAGGAAGAAUUGAUGUUUUUUGUUUUGAUAAAACAGGGACUUUGACAGAAGAUGGGAUGAAUCUGUUAGGUGUCAACGUGUCAAGAAAAGGAAAAAUGAGUGAGCUUCAUAAGUCAGCUGAACAAAUUGAGAAAAAUAAAAGAAGAUUUUUGACCUGUUUGGCGACCUGCCAUUCACUAACCUAUGUAAAUGACAAGCUUGUAGGGGAUCCUCAAGACUUAGAAAUUUUUAAAUUUUCAGGAUUUAAAUAUAGCUUGCCAAAAGAUGAAGGGUCUGAAGUAAAAGCUUACGCAUCUUUAAAUUCUGAUAGUGACAAUAAAAAUGAAGAAAAUUAUGAUACAGCUAUAUUGCACAUUUUUUACUUCACUUCUAAAAGGAAACGAAUGGGAGUCAUUGUAAAAAACUUACAAAAUGACAAUUUUGAGUUUUAUAUGAAAGGCGCCCCAGAAAUUGUGCUGGAAAGAUGCAGAAAAUCGUCGAUUCCUGAUGAUAUUGAGCAUGUUUUAGAUAAUUAUACAAGGUCUGGGUAUAGAGUUUUGGCUUGUGCUAUGAAUUCACUCAAUACAAUUCCUGCUGAAGAAAUGAAGGCACAGAAACUGGAAAACUUAGAACAAGAAAUGAGCUUUUUAGGAUUGCUUGUGCUGCAAAACAAGCUUAAGGCACAAACAAUUCCUACUAUUAAAAUUCUACAGAAAGCGGAGAUUGAGACUGUUAUGUCGACUGGGGAUGCUGUUUUGACGGCGAUUUCUGUGGCGAAGGAGUGCCAUAUAAUAAAGAAAGAUGCUACAGUGUUUUUGGCAGAAAUGGUGGAUAAUGAAAUUGUGUGGGAAAAGUUUACUAAUGAAGCAGAUGAUGUGCCAAAGGAAAAUAUACCGUUAGGAGAUAUUAAUUUUUAAAUUUAGAAUGUUUUUAACAUUAUAAAACAAUUAUUUUCUGUGUAAUAGUAAAUAUUAAUUAUGCUAAAUAAGAAUAUUCUUAAUGAACCACCUUGGCUAAAUGCUGAUAAUAAUGGAGACUACACUCUUGCAGUAACUGGUGCAGUCCUCAAUGCAUAUGACGCCCUCGCAAAAUUAAACGACACUACUGCAGCACAAUCCAUAAACAUUUUACUAAAAAAAUGCAGAAUUUUCGCCAGAAUGUCCCCAGAGCACAAAACCCUUCUAAUCAGCCGAUUCCAAGAAAUUGGAAUCAUGGUCGGCAUGUGCGGAGAUGGCGCCAAUGACUGUGGAGCCUUAAAAACUGCCGAUAUCGGUAUUUCCCUCACAGAAGCUGAAACAUCAAUAGCGGCUCCUUUUACUUCAAGUAUCCCUGACAUCUCCUGCGUUCCAAUCGUUUUACAGAACGGCAGAUGUGCUUUAACGACCUCAGUUCAAUGUUUUAAAUACAUGGCCGUUUACUCCAUGAUUCAGUUUACCAAUGUCCAGAUCCUCUAUGUUCUUGGAAGUGGACUUACCAAUAACGAAUUUUUAUCCCAAGACUUGAUAACUGUGCUACCAUUAGCUAUGGCUAUGGGUAGUGCAGGGCCUUAUCACAAAUUAAGCAAAAAACAGCCAAUUUCGUCAUUGAUGUCAGUAGCUGUAAUAGGAUCUGUUAUAGGACACUCAAUAUUGCAAACUAUAGGAAUGGUCGUUGUAUAUGAAGUGGCUUUGAGCAUGCCUUAUUUUACACCUGUGGAUGAUGCUAGUGAUGAUUACCUGAAUGAUGCAAAUACUAUUGUUUAUUUGAUGGCGCUGCUUGAGCUUAUUUCAGUAUGUAUUGCGUUUAAUGAAGGAAGACCAUGGAAAAAGCCAGCUUAUAAAAAUGUAUGGUUUAUGGUUUAUAUUUCUUUAAUUGGAAUGCUGCAUGUGUAUUUGGUGUUGUGGCCGCCACAGUGGCUGAUGGAUCUUUAUAAUGUAAGAAAUAUUUAGAUUGAUUGGUUUCCAAUGUAUAGCUCAUGCACUGUGAUUGAUCGUCAUCAUUAAAAAGUUGACUGCUAUAAUUGAAUUGGUUUCUUCUACAUCUUAGACUAGAGUCAUCAUCGUUAGAUAGCAUUCAGAGUUAAAUAAAUUUCUUAAGUCACAAGCUAUUUUAUUCAAUUUUAUAUUAUUCACAAUUAAAUGAUUUUUCUCUAUGGAAAGUAGCGAUUUUGCGACAAAAUAGCUAGAGCCCAAUUUUAGAGAUUAAAAUUGGCAUGCGAAAAAUGGUUGACAUCUGUAAAAUUGCUGACAAAUCCCAAGCCAGUUUUUAAAAUGGCAUUAUUAUAAAAUUAAUUUUAAAUUAUUAAAAAAUAUCUUUCAAAAAUACAUUUUAUGUAGCCAAUUAAUAUGAGACUUUAAACUUCAUGUAGAGUUAUUCUCCAGAGCUCCAGACCUACUAUAUACAAGUUCAAUUAAUCAGAUUAAUUUAAUAUUGCUUUCUUAAAAAUUUAACUGAAUGUUUAAACUCACAGUAGUAAAAAUAUUAUUGGAAGUUCAUCAGAUUUUAUUAUAUCCAUAUAAAAUUGAGGCUUUAAGAACUUCAUGCAUCAUGCCAAACUAAUAGAGCAUCCUAAUUUAUAAUUAAUUUUUAUAAUAAUGCGAUUUUAAAAAUUGGCUUGGGAUUUGUCAGCCACUCUACACUAGUCAACCAUUUUUCGCAUGCCAAUUUUGAUUCCUAAAAGUGUGCUUUAGUCCGCAAAAUCACUAAUAUUCAUAGAGAAGAAUCAUCUAAUUCUACUCUAAUCUAAGAUGUAGAAGACAUCAAGCCAAUUAUAGCAGUUAAAUUUUCAAUGAUGACGAUCAGUACAGUGCAUAAGCUAUAUAUGAGACUUGCUUUGCUUGGGAUCUGGCUUGCCUAUAGCGUUGUAGCGUUUGUAUAUGAAAGAUUUGUAAUAGUUUGGAUAUAUCAGAGGCAUGAGAAGUGGAAGAGAAAUAAAAGAAGCAAAAAUGCAUUGGAAAGCAGAGUCUUAAAGGCUUAA